AUGCGUAAUCCCGCAAGAGGGUUGUGCCUCAUUCCGGAUCGUCACGAGGCCAUAAGAAGUGCUUACUCCAGAAAUGGAAGUGGUUGGACGGAAAACAAUUCUGUCGAUGUCUAUUGCAUUAGACAUAUUGCACAAAACUUCAUGCGACAAUUCAAAAAUGCUGCACUAAAGAAAGAUAUUGCUAAUAUGGGCACCAAGGCACUUGCAAUUGGUGAGAUGCACAAUGCUUCAUUCAAGACCAAUUUCUGCUUGCAAUUGGCAUACAAAACUAUGCUGAAACAAGUUGGAAAUGGUUCAAACUUUGUCUAUUCCCCUUUGUCUCUGCAUAUUAUAAUGAGCCUUCUUGCUGUAGGAACAAAAGGGAAAACCUUGCAACAACUUCUUUCUGUUCUAGGAUCAGAAAGUAUACAUGAAGUGAAUUCAUUAUCUUCACAAAUUAUUUCUUAUAUACAGCUUGCUGAGGGAAAUGGAAGCCACAGUGGGGGUCCUAUUUUGUCAUUCAUUAAUGGGGCUUGGGUGGAGCAAAGUUUUGGUCUGAAGAAAUCAUUUGAAGAGGUGGUCAAACAAGUUUAUAGAUUAAGUCAAGUUAAAGAGGUUGACUUCAAAAACAAGUUUUUCGAAGUAAGAGAAGAAGUAAAUGCGUGGGCUGACAAUGCUACCAAUGGACUAAUAAAGGAACUUCUUCCAGCAAAUUCCUUAUCUUCAUUGACCAGGCUAAUUCUUGUCAAUGCAAUGUACUUCAAAGGAACAUGGCCAUUGGAUCAAAGGUUUGACGCAUCGAACACUAAAACCAAAACUUUCAACCUUCUCAAUGGACAGAAAGUAAAGGUUCCCUUCAUGACCAACUUUGAAUUUGUAAACUAUAAUUUCAAAUCUUUUGAAACCUUUAAAAUACUUCAAAUUCCCUACCAAAGUGGUGAUAACAACCCAUUAACGUUCUCCAUGUAUUUCUUUCUUCCACAUGAGAAGGAGGGUCUCCCAUAUUUGAUUCAUAUAUUAAAUUCAAACACGGAAUUCUUAAAUCAAAAUUUUGGCUUACAUAAAGUGAAUAUUCCUAAUUUUUGGAUCCCAAGAUUUAAGUUCUCGUUUGAUUUUGAGGCUAAAGAGGACAUGGAAAACUUAGGACUUACAUUACCUUUCAAGAUCAGUGGAGACUUGACAGAAUUUUCAGAUUCUCCCUUAAGCAGUGAACUUUAUGUUUCAAAGAUUUUUCAUAAGGCAUGCAUUGAAGUCAAUGAAGAAGGAACAGAAGCUUCAGCUAGCACAGCAGUAAUUAUAAGUCAACAACGUGCCAUGAUGCCAAUACCAAGCUUUGUGGCUGAUCAUCCUUUUGUCUUCAUGAUAAGGGAAGAAACUUCAAUGGCUGUGUUUUUCAUUGGAGCUGUGGUCAAUCCUCUCUUGGUUUCUUGA